AAAAAAAGAAAAAGAAAAAACCAAUCUCCCCGUCUUCCUCUCGCCUCCGCUUCUGAAAGCAGAUGUCUCUCUCCCAUACGGCUUUUCUCUUCCCUUCCCUUUGAAAAAUUCGUCUAGGGUGCUUCGUCCCUCUUUUCCCUUAGAACUCGUCUACUGUGCUUCAUCUCUCUCUUCCCUCCCCUCUGAAACUAUUUAACUUCCCUCCCGAGCUCCUCUCUCUUCCUCUCUCCCCCGAUUUCAUCCUCUCUCUUGGCGUCCCUUGAUCUGCGAACUGGAGUUAACGUCGAAGAGAAAUCACACCUCGUUCCAGAUCUGCAGCCACAUCACGGCGAACUGAAGAUGACUACUGGUGGCCUAAAGAGCAUUCUGGCUAAGGCUGUGACGAGUGGAGUGAACGAAGCAAGAGCAAGGAUAUUCGGCCACAUACUUAACCCAACAGGUCAGAGAUCACCCCACAAGCUGUUACGCAAGAAGCUCAUUGGUGACAAGGUUGCUGAAUGGUACCCACAUGAUAUCAUGAAGGAUGAUCCUCUUAUCAUGGCUCGUCGAGAACAAGAGCGUUUAUCCAAGCUAGAAAUGUUGAAGCGUCGUGGGAAGGGACCACCCAAGAAGGGGCAAGGAAAGCAAGCUGCCAAACGUAAAAAGAAUUGAAAUCCUCUAUUAUUGUUGGAACCAAACAAUCUCUAGAAUAACAAGGCCGUUAGUACUUGUUUUUUGUGAGCAUUUUGGCGUUUCGAAUUUUACUUCACACAUUCAUUUAUACUUCUUGUAGUCUCUGUAUGAUUUCAACCCUAAAAUAGACUAGGUUCUUGAUCCA